UAUGUGUAUUGCAAUUUAUUAAGGCUAAAUAUUUUAGUUAUGAAACAAUCAUCAUUGUGGACUAUAAUAGUGUUGAUAUUUUUGACACUGUUUAACAUGCAGUUGUUUUACAAUAUCAAUUAGCAGUAACAUAACAAUACAAAGAAGAAAAAUGUCUACUGGAGGUUCAUCCAUUUAUAAGGGAUUUGACAUGAUUCAUGACUACAGUUGUUCGAAGUGUGAGGAAGAGGAUUUUAACACCGAGGCCCAGCACUUCUGUUCUCAGUGUGAACACUAUCUGUGUGACAAGUGUGUGAACAUGCACAAUGGAUAUCAUAAGAAACAUACCGUUUAUGAUCGUCGAGAUAUGCAUAUGUGGGAGGAGUUUUCCAUGGACAUAUGUGACCAACAUGGCAAAAAACUGGAUAUCCAUUGUAACAAUCACCAGGAAUGGUGUUGCAGUGUCUGUGUGGACCGUAACCACAGCCUUUGUGCCAGCAGUCACCUGCAUGAAUUAGCACGAGGCUUUCUUGAAACAGAAGAAUUCAAGCAGCUGCCAGCAGCAGUAGAAAUGAUGAGGAGCAGACUGAAUGAACUCAAGAAUGACAGGAUGAAAGAUCAAGCUUCAGCAAAGAACUCGUACAAGAAAAUCGUUGCUGAAAUCAAGGCUCUCCGCAAAGAGAUUAACCAGAUCCUAGACCAGCUUGAGAAGAAGACUGUCGAAAGCUUGGAUAGUCUGGUGAAUGCUAUAGAGAAGAGUUUGCAAGAUCCUUGUGUCCAUAUGCAUGACCAAAUGAGGACAAUGGUGGAUAAACUUAAGCGGGUCACUGGCAAACACAAUGGGAUUCAAUCGUAUAUAGGAUAUAGAAAAAGUCAGACCAUGCUGUGCGAGGCAAACAUUCUGGUGCAUGGUUUACAGAAAAGGCAAAAAGGAGUAAUUAGGUUUAAAUCUGAUGAAAGUGUAUUAUCAUUUUUGAGAAACCUCAAUAUCAAACGCUGCGUCGAUAGUGUUAAUUUUAUGCCUGAAAGAACAGAUGUUGUGCAUGUGUUUAAAACACAAAGUUCAAGUCUAUAUUCUGUUAAAAUCAAGGAGGAUCAUUUUAACUGCCAUAUUAUAGGUAUAUGUGAGUUGCAGAGUGGACAUUUAGUUAUUGCUGAUCAAAACAACAAUAGAGUGAAGCUUCUGAAUAAAGAUUACAAGGUCAUUGAUCAAUUUGGUCUGCUUAAUCCUCCACAACACCUGUGUCACAUUGCCGGCGAGGAAAUUGCUAUUACAGAAGCUAUCGAUGAUCAUGCUUUUGGUGAGUAUGGCCAUGAAGUCUACCUUCUGACAGUAACCAAGGGGAAGCUACAAACAUGGAGAAAAUUUCCAACUGACGACUGGUGCACCUGUAUUGCACACCACCAGGGCAAACUGUAUGUUGGCUCUUUCAAUGCCCUGUAUCAAUACACAAUGACUGGACAAUUAGUUAAGAAAUUAUAUCAAGAUGACACUCUUGGUUGCACAGUGAACAUGUGUACUGUUAGUCCUGAAGGAGAUAGAAUAUAUGUAACAAUGUAUUACAAACAUAAAUUAGUAACACUGGAUAAAGAUGGGCAAGUGCUUUGUACCUUAGAAUAUCCUGAACUACAUCUGCCCAGCGGAGUAUGUGUCAGCCCCAGUGGCUAUGUAUUUGUAUGUGGGUUUGGUCCUGACAAUGUAAUACAGAUAAACAGAGAUGGGAAAAAGAAGCUGGCAACAGUGGCCAGAAAGGCUGAUGGCUUGUUAGGGCCUCAGUCAGUAUGGUUCAGUGAACAAACCUCCAGCCUCAUUGUGGGGAAUGGAGGCAGUGACAAUUUAAUUGUUGUCAAGCUGUGCUGAAAUAUGACAUCGGAUUGAAGUAGUAUUUGAUACGAAUGUCGAUCUGUGUGGAAUGAUUUUUCAGUUGUUCAUGUAUAGGUGACUUUUGCUAUUUAUAUUGUAAAUAUGUUAGGAUCAUAUCAAAUGCAUUGAAAUGUAUAGAGGUACUUUGAGUUGUAUAUAAAUUAAAGAAAAAUACUUGUGUCUUAUAGAGUUUGUAUUAAGUAAUCAGGUGUGUCAUGCAUAUAAAUUGAAAUACCAUUUUAUUCAAUUUAUGUUUAAAAUGUUAUUAAUGUAUGCGUUCUGAUGUCUUAUAGUGUAAGUUUGUGAGUAAGAUAUAAGUAACAGUAAAUAUCUUAUCGGUUUGAAAUAGUGAAAUAACAUGUUCAUUAUCAUUCAUUCUCUGUUUUAAAAUGUUUACCCUUUUCACUGUUCAAAUCUUAUGUCAUGGAUCACAAAGCUAGGAGGAUGUUUUUUCCAAUACAAGUGGGAUGCUUCAUGGAUAUGACACAAUUGUAUGUUAUGAUACUCCCCACAACAAGCUGAAAUAAGAGACUGUUCGAAUCUUUUUUUUUAUUCAACUCGUUUUUAUAUCCCGCAGAAUGUUCGACAGCAUAUGUUUUUAUCCUAUUUUCAUUUUGUUCUAACUCCUUGUUUGUUCAAUGAGGCAUUCAUUGUGAG